UUAACUGUCUACCAAAAUUUACAAAUUGCGUGAAUUUUUUAUGUUUGGAUAUUUUACGAAGUGUCAUUAGAUUUUAUAACAUACUGCCGACAUAAUAUUAUACUAUCCUUUGAUCCUAUUUCGGGGAUUUUACAUAAUAAAGAAUUUCGGAAAAAUUUGCACCAACAAGAAGGCGUCACGUCAAUUCGAGUCCAAUCAUGAAUCAUCGCUAUGAACCAGUUUAUCAUCAAACCGUGAAAGUCGAUAAGGAGAAUGAAAAUGCCGAAUUGAAAAAGCGCAGUCAACGUACUCACGCUAAAGCCGACAGAUCGGAACCAGUUUGGGAACGUUUAAGCAGAGUAAAAAAGGUGCCCAGCACCGAUUUAAAUGUUGGGAGGUUGCUGAACAGCCAACAUAAUCUUUCGGUUAAAUAUUCGCAGCGUUUUCAAUCUGGUCGUCCGGCACUUGAUCCUACUAGUCUUUCUUUGCCAGCGCGUCAACCUUUAUCGCUUAAUUCCAAUGAAAGUGAGAAACGUGGUGUUUUAAAAAAGGAGAGGCAACAAAAGCCCGUUGUUGUACCACAUCUGGAAAAUGAAGCUCUGGUUUAUUUCUGUAAACCCAUCAAUUCAGUUAAGGAGAUAAUGACUGCACGCAGCCUUAGUAACUCAAAAUCUUCCUCGGAUGAAUAUAAAACCGAGAAUGGCCAAUUCCAAAAUUCCAAUUGUGUGGAGGAUGAAGGUUGUGCUCAAUCGCAACGUAGUCUCUCCGCACCCGUUUCUAUCAAUACUAAGAUCGAUAAUGAAUCGGAAGAAAGCUCACCAUUAGUUACUACACGAUCGGCUCAUGGUCCUACUAGCAGUAUUCGUAUUAUAUCGAAUUUUCGAGAUUUGCUGCUACGGAAGCAAUUCUCGAUGGAGAACGAAGAUCUAAGCGUCCUCAAGGAUGUGGUUAAAACUGACGAACGAUAUCAUAAUUUAAAUAAAAACAAUUCAGGGCUAUUUAAGGAUAUAUUGAAAACUCAAUUGGCGAACAUUUUGAAAAACGAAACGGUAGUGAAGACUGCUCUCAGUAAACUCGAAUCUCAUGUUAUGGCCAGUCAGGAGGUGCAAACUGAUUGUGAUAUUGGUCCGCUUAUUGAAUGCCAAGCGGUAAAUAAUAUCGAUGACAUAACCAAGAAAGUCGAAGUUAAUGUUGUUUUUAAGAACGUGCCCUCCUUAGAGAAGGAAAUUGUCAUUUUACGAACUUUGGGUGAAAAAUUGGAGGCAACUCUUCGAAAUAGCGGUUCGCGGCAUUCAGCGUUGAUAGAUACUUUGGCACUCGCUUCCGGAUCUGUCGAAAUCGUUAACUCAAUUUCUUCAACUGGCGAUUAUAUUGCAACGCCAGAACCCAGAUUGAUGGCAUUCAUAGCCAGCUUUGAACAAUAUGUUAUGAUUAUUGUGGAAGUAUUGGGUAUCGUUCUUGAAUAUGGCGAAGUCAGGGAGUUUCGCAUCGCCAAGAAGACUAUAGUUGAGUUGAAAGAAGACGCUAAUCGACCUUUCUACGUACCCUCUAAUUGUGAGAAUGCCGAACUUAAACGAACUUCGUUUAAAAAACUCAAAGAAAAUCCUGAUAUAUUGAUGCGCUACUUAAGACCCAAAAAUAGCUUUGUAUCGUUUAACAUUUUAGAUCAAGAUCCGAUAUUUUUUAAUAAUAUCUUGUUCAGUAAGGCAUCUUCAAAAUUAUCAUUAGCUAUUUCGGAAAAGAAUACCAAUUAUAUCGAGAAAACCGAGGCCAAAAUGGUUAUAUGCAAAAGUAGCGAUAGUUAUAUAACAAAAGAACAGUUGGAUAAACUUUCAAAUGUUAAUAAUGCGCCGCAUAAAAUAAAAUUAGAAAAUAAGAGAUCUAUGCAAACGAUGACCAACAAGAGUCAGCUGCCUGAAGAACAAGCAGUUGCUAGGGUCGACAAGCAGACUUCGUCACUCUUUGAACCGCCGAUACGUGGCAAACUAUGUCGCAGACGUAUACGUCAAGCGAGUACCCCAAUGCCUAUCGAAAUGCAACUCGAACCAAAAAAUUCUCUUUUCAAAACGAUUUUCGUGGGCGUGGUGCAAAUUUCGAUAUUUUUAUUCCUCAUUAUGGCCUUCACAUAUCCGGGACCUCGAUGUUAACUGCAUUUACCGAACCAGCCUAUCUGCGGCGAAAAUUUUAAGACUAAUUAAUAAGGUUUUUUCUUCAGCUAAAUUACUUUUAGCGCUUGCUAUCUUGUUUAACUUUGAUGUAUGACGACGACGACAUUAUUUAUGUAUUGCUUUCUUUUUAGCUUC